AUGGCCGGCUGUGACAUGGUCGUGAUGCGAAUGCAGAACGUGAGUGAGGAACUUGGGGAAUUGUGGGACGCAGAUGCGCCACAGUCCAUGAACGCGGAUGUGCAGGGAACGCGAAAGACAGGACACUUCGAGUACGCUUGCGGCCAAUGGCGCGCGUCAGGGGGACCAGCGGGUGCCUUCGUUGUAAGUGUAGGAGGUUCCGGCUCUGGGUUGGGUUCCUGUGGCGCAGGGGAAGGCGCAGACUGCGUGCUGUGUCGUCGAGGGCGGCGCGGGCGAACUCCAGCGAGCUCGCGAUAG